AUGCCCGUAACGCCAUGCCGUUUCGAUGGGUCGAUAUUUAGAGUAAACAGAUAUCCGGCAAGCUUUGUGCUGGUUUCGUUUCAAGCAAGGGCGCGAUCAUCAUCUAUCAAAGUGCACGAAGGUUCAGAUAUGAUCGCAAGUAAGGAGGAUUCCGGUUUUGUAGGGCAAUUUGCCAAGGAUCUAGUCAAAUGUAAAUACGGCCCCUUUGCACAUAUUGCGCAUCUCGCUUCUGAUGGCGCCUGUUCCGAUGAAAAGGUUGGCGCAGACCCAACGCAUAUGUGGCAUUUCGAGGCCGAUUGCAGCUGGCUCAGAUCGUCUUGCAUGUCGCACAGGUACACAAAGCACAUCCAAUCUUGUCAAUCUGAUCCUUUUCAGACCGACCUGCAGCAGGAACACGGCGUCCUGUCGGCACGACCAUGGAGGGGCGACAGAGCAUCGAAGUUCGCUUGUCGGAUCACAAUGCAGCAAUUGGUUGUGAGCCUUCUCGACUGUCUUGAAGCUAAAGCUUAUUCGUCAAAUCCAUACAUCCCCGCUCUGACUUGUGAAACGUUCUAUCGGGUUGUCUCGCGGAACGCUGGCCCCACUGAGCACAUCGACCUGAUCAUCUUGGUCACAGCACCAUCAUAGUGGACGUCCGAUGUCGCAAGCGUUCGCGGGAGGAGAGAAACUGUCUCUGUCAGAUCUUCAUGACAAUAACCCAUGACCUGAGGGAUGUUCUUGCAUGUCGUAAAACUCGUACAUUGUGGCCGACCAAUCGGUCUAAACCAAAAAAUGUGAUCCUGCGCUAUCUCCAUUUCCUUCUGUCCCGUCGUGCGUUUACCGAGGAGCGUGUUUGCUAAGCGAUCGAGUGUUCGAGCAAGAUCAGCGGCACAACCGAUGACUGCUCACGAACGAACAAGAGCUCACUCUAAUAGAGCCUUGGCCUCGUUGAUC